CGGUGGUGCUGUGCACCGCCGCCGUCUUCCUGGGCGGCGAGGUGCUGCCCUACUCCGUCUGCUCCCGCCACGGGCUGGCCAUCGCCUCCCGCACCCUCUGCCUCACCCGCCUGCUGAUGCUGGCCGCCUUCCCGCUCUGCUACCCGCUCAGCCGGCUGCUGGACUGGGCGCUGCGGCAGGAGCUCAGCGUCUUCUCCACGCGGGAGAGGCUGCUGGAGACGCUGCGGGCCGCCGGCCCCCACGGCGACCUGGUGCGGGAGGAGUUGGCCAUGGUGCAGGGCGCGCUGGAGCUGCGCACCAAGGUGGUGGAGGACGUGCUGACGCCGCUGGCCGACUGCUUCAUGCUCCGCGCCGACGCCGUGCUGGACUUCGCCACCGUCUCCGAGAUCCUCCGCUCCGGCUACACCCGCAUCCCUGUCUAUGAGGGCGACCGGCGCGACAACAUCGUUGACCUACUCUUCGUCAAGGACCUGGCCUUCGUCGACCCCGAUGACUGCACCCCGCUGCAGACCGUCACGCGCUUCUACCGCCGCCCGCUCCACUGCGUCUUCAACGACACGCGCCUCGACACGCUGCUCGAGGAGUUCAAGAAGGGAAAGUCCCACCUGGCCAUCGUGCAGCGGGUGAACAACGAAGGGGAAGGAGACCCAUUCUACGAGGUGAUGGGCAUUGUCACCCUGGAGGAUGUCAUUGAGGAGAUCAUCAAGUCCGAGAUCCUGGAUGAGACGGAUCUGUACACGGACAAUCGGAAGAAGGAGCGGGUGCCCCACCGGGGACGCAAGCCCCAGGACUUCUCCAUCUUCAGGCUCUCGGACAGCGAGAUGAAGGUGAAGAUCUCCCCACAGCUCCUCCUGGCAACCCAUCGCUUCAUGGCAACAGAAGUGGAGCCUUUCAAGUCACCCUACCUCUCCGAGAAGAUCCUGCUGCGGCUCCUGAAACACCCCAACGUCAUCCAGGAGCUCAAGUAUGACCGAAAGAACAAAAAGGCAGCAGAGCAUUACCUCUACCAGCGCAACCGCCCCGUUGACUACUUCGUCCUCAUCCUACAGGGGAAAGUGGAGGUGGAGGUUGGCAAGGAAGGGCUGCGGUUUGAGAACGGGGCAUUCACCUACUAUGGCGUCCCUGCCAUCAUGGCUGUCGUCUCCUCGGAUAACGAUGUGCGGAAAGUGGGCAGCCUGGCUGGAUCCUCCUUCCUACUGCCCGUGUCGGUGUCCCGUACCUUCGCUUUCAGCAGAGGGGACUCCCUGGCUGGCUCUCCAGUGAACAGGUCACCCUCACGGUGCAGUGGGCUCAACCGCUCCGAGUCCCCCAAUCGGGAGCACAACGACUACGGGGGCAGCAGCACACAGCUCCACAGCGGCAGCAACAACAUCUACACCCCCGACUACUCCGUCCACAUCCUCUGCGACGUACAGUUCGUCAAGGUCACCCGGCAGCAGUACCACAACGCGCUGGUGGCCAGCCGCAUGGACAGCUCGCCCCAGUCCCCCGACAUGGAGGCCUUCGACAGAGAUUCGACUAAGGCCUCGACCACGCGGGGAACCCCACAGACGCCCAAGGAGGACCCCACCACCCUCCUGAAUGAGAGGAACAGCGCCAUGUCCGCCCCGAGGGGCUGCGCAGUCCCAGCGAGUCCGUGUUCCUGCGCAUGGAGGGCAUCCCCUUCAUCCAGGAGGAACUGGCUGACAACGAGGAGAACAGCAAGCGGCAGAACAGUGAGUGCUGCGGCACCGGCACCGUCCUGGAGGCAGAGUCCCCGGGGAAAGAGCCCGUUACCAGCUCAUCACCGAGCAGCUCCGAGGAGACGCUGGGCAGGAGGCUGCUGAGAUCCCUCAGUGGGCGCAAGCAGCGGGCAUCACCGGAGGGUGAACCGACACCGGAGGAGAGCUCCAAUCUUGCCCCGUUAAUCACCUGAGCAGCAGCGUGGCCGGAGCACAGGGCUGGAGGCCCACGCAGACCCGAGGUAGGAACCUGCCCCUUGGUGCGACGCUCCUUCCCCAGCAAAUGGGGGAUUGCCCGGUUUUCAUAGUGCAAAAAACAAGUUUGAAGCAGCAAAGCCAAAGCCAUGCACUUUAGAGGCCAGGCAGGGACAUGCUGGCGGGGGCUGGAGCAGGGUGGAGGGAUGUAGCAGCAGAUUCCAGCCAUCCUUGGGACAGGGAUGGAUGUGGGAGACAGAGACCCUAAUUGGAGCUAGAAAUGCGUGUCUGCACCGAUUCCCCGGCUCGGAAACGUGCUGCAGGCUUGAGCAGCAGGUCAGGGAGGGCAAGCUCUGGCCGGCUGUACUUGUGUCUUCCAGGUCUGCAGCAUGGGGGGUCUCCUGCCGCCAGGCUCGUCUUCAACAGCAGCAGGUCUGCGCCCGCUCGCUGCCCGCCCGCCCGCUCGUGCCGCCCCUCCCUGCAGGACUUGUGCGGAGCCCCAUCCCCGGGCGAGAAAGGACGUGCCCCCGGCGGGGCUGAACCACCCGGGCGGGCCGGACCGGCUCGCUGGAGUCCGAGGGCCCUUGCCCAGCUGCUCCCUGGUAGCACCUGGUCUCAAGGAAGAGGUGGAAAAAAGGAAAAGGUGAAGUGUCCGGCACGGCAUCCCUGCAGACAGAGCAGGGAGGGGCGGCCCAAGCCAGAAUUGCCCAUAGCAUCAUUUACCACCCCCAUCCCAGCCAGGCACACGGCCCCUCGGUGCUGGGUGCUGCACGGACGUGCUCUCCCCCGUGAGGAGAACGUGCUGUUUGGGGGGUGCCACACGCAGCUCAGGGCCCCAGCACACGUUUGUGCUGCGCCCAGUGCCACGCACACGCUGACCAUCCACACAGCCCCGCGCCCCCCCAGCCCUGCUAGGCAGAGGGCAGGACACACACCCCCCUGCCCGGCGCAGCCCCCCGCCCUGGGGAGACCCGCUCCACGCCACAUUGAAUCAUCCUCCUGUCCCCACACGGCUGUCUGUGCCAGGGGAGCUGGCGCCAAGCCUUGGGGUGGGUACAGACCCAGCAGUAGAUUUUGUAGAGGCUGAACGCAACGGGGAUAUUGACAUUAAAAGCGAUUUCUCCCUGA